AUGCGGGCCUGUUCGAUUCUACGCCGUCGCAUCCAUUCCUCGGCCAAUCUCAUUCCCCGUCAGACCGUCAACGGCUCGCAAUUCCGGUCCCAACCACUCGCGAGACCCUACUCCACAUAUCGGCCACAGCAACCGAGGGAAACCUCAUCCUUCUGGAUCGCGUCCACCCUCCUGACCAUCGGAGGAGGCACCUGGAUCUACCAAUACCUCUAUCCCUCUAAUCUCCCGCACCAGCCGCAACCCCGGCUGCCUCCGAACGGCCAAGACCCUUUCCUCAGCGUCAUUGAUACCCUCCAAGUCAUGCCUAUCGAACCAGCCCCGGGCACCGUCGGGACUCUGACCCCGGAACAGGAAGCCAAGCUACGAGAAUUCUGGGUCCUGACCCUCAAAGUCUUUGGCGUCCCGAUCGACGCCUUGGAAGCUGAUCUCAACGCCUCUAGUGAACCCGGUCCAUCUACGCCAGAGAAGAAACCCAAGCGCCGCGGUUGGGGAUUGUUCAGCCGGGGUAGCGAGGAUGAUGGCGAUGACUCUAAGAGUGUGUCAUCAGCCAGUGGCGUCAACUCGAACGUAGCGGCCAUCAACAUCGCUGAGGGCGAUGACAAGUACGGACAGUCCAAGGAAUACCAGCAGGCGCUGAAGGAUAUGAAGCCCGAGGAGAUCCGUACAGCUUUCUGGAAUAUGGUGAAGCAGGAUCAUCCAGAUGCGCUCCUUCUGCGGUUCCUGCGCGCUCGCAAGUGGGAUGUUAACAAGGCUUUGGUUAUGAUGAUCUCGACUAUGCGCUGGCGCUUGCAGGAUGUGCAUGUAGACGACGAUAUAAUGGCCAACGGCGAGGCAUUUGCCUUGAAGCAGUCGCAAAGCUCUGACCCUGUGGAGAAGAAAAAGGGCGAGGAUUUCCUGUAUCAGCUGCGUAAGGGUAAGAGCUUCCUUCACGGUGUAGACAAAUUUGGUCGUCCCAUUUGCGUCGUUCGUGUGCGUUUGCAUAAGGCAAACGACCAGGAUAUCGAAAGUUUGGAGAGGUUCACAGUCUACACUAUUGAGACAGCCCGGUUGCUCUUGGCUCCUCCGGUAGAGACCGCGGUAAGUUACCCCUCUGUGGUCUUAUAUUGCUAUGGAUCUGACAAAGAGCAGACUAUCAUCUUCGAUAUGACCGAUUUCUCCAUGGCUAACAUGGACUACGCACCCGUGAAGUUCAUGAUCAAGUGUUUUGAAGCCAACUACCCCGAGUCCCUGGGAGCCGUCCUCAUCCACAAAGCCCCAUGGCUCUUCUCCAGCAUCUGGAGCAUCAUCAAGGGCUGGUUGGACCCCGUCGUUGCCGCCAAAAUUCAUUUCACCAAGAACCGCCAAGACUUGGAGGCCGUCAUUCCCCCAGGCCAAAUCAUGAAAGAGCUGGAAGGUGAUGAAAACUGGGAAUACAAGUACCCCGAAGUCGAGGAAGGAGAGAACAGCCUGAUGGAGGAUACUGAAACUCGCGACAAACUGCUCGCCGAGCGUCACGAGCUCGCCAAGGAUAUCCAGAGCAUCACAAUUGAAUGGAUCCGAGCCGCCGCCAAGAAGGAGUCCGGAGCUCUGUCUGCCGCCGAAGAGAAGCGCGCAGAUCUCAUCGAGAAACUGCGGAAGCAGUACUGGGAAAUUGACCCGUACAUCCGGGCUCGCUCCCUGUAUGACCGCCUCAACAUUGUCCAAGGCCAUGGAAAGAUCGAAUUCUACCCGACUACUGUGAAGGCGGACAUGGAGAAGGUGCGGUCUGGCACGGCCGAAUAA